UCGUCGCGAGAGCAUCGUGCGUUGCUGCUUCUCGCGACAAUCCACGUGCGUUUGUCCACGUGCGCUCUCGUGUGUAACGUAGUGUACCGUGCGCACACAUCGAAACAGUUAGCUGUGAGCUGUGGAACUGUGUAGAUCGACAACGAUCACUACACAUAUAGGCGGUCGACAGGCGAAGAGCGACGCGACGCGACGCGCGCCCCUAAAAGCAGUUAUACGCGAGGUAGCCAGCGACGAUAGACGCAGCGCACAUACAGCGACGGUUCAGUCGAGGUCGAUCCACCGUCAGGUGACGAUCGUCGGUGUCACGGUCUUUCAUACGACUAUUAUUGGGUGAUAUAUUCUGUCGGUGAAUCUUGGGAAUUGAACGCGAGGCGCGCCAGUGUGCUGUUUUGCAAUCUGUAGAACAAGCGUUAUUAAAAUAUAGUUCAGGAAUUAUUUGAAAUUUUCUUGGAUCUUUUCAUCGAUCUUGUUGAUCGAUCACUUCAAGUGAAGAGAAGAAAGUGAAUUAUAAGAACGCAGUGAAAAUUGAUGAGUGUGUUAGCGUGAGGCUUCUCAUGUGCCACGCUUAGCACGAUUUAGAUCGAGUGUUUUCAAGAGGACGAAAUGCGACUGAGAAGUCGCGCGAAAUACGCUGAAAAUUAUUCUACGAAUUCGAACGCUGUGUUUUCGUGGUGCGAGUAACAUCGCGUGGAAAACAUUGAAUAUAUUUAUCGAUUAUUAUUGAACGGAAAUCAAGAACGACUAUUGACCGAGUGAAAUUUCGGCAAAAAUCGUCGAAAAUUUCACCGUGUUUUUGCAGAAUUAAUAAAAAGAUUUACGGUGUGAAAAAAUAAUUUUCAACCUGGAUCUAAGGACGACGAAUCUGAGCAUUUACGUGGACGACCCUAAUCGGGUGUUAGACGUUCGCGAAAAAUUGCGUGGUAGGGAUCGCAAAGUUAGCAAAAUAGAUCCUAAAGUGAUCGACGAAGGCAUCACGACGACGGAGGACGGUGGUUACGAGGAUCGUUUGCGAGAAGGCGCGAAAGAUAGUCGUCUCGCUGGAAUGAGGGGCGAGUCGGCGCGUCCCGGUAAGCGUCCUUUAAGGGCGCUUUCCGCUUCUGAAAAGAUGGAUGCGAUACAGAGAGUUCACGAAGGAGAGAGCAAAGCAUCGGUCGCUCGAGAUAUCGGAGUGCCAGAAUCGACAUUGCGCGGAUGGUGCAAAUCCGAACACAAGAUCAGGGGCAUGGCAAGGAAUUCGUCAACACCGGAUAGUGAGGCCCAUUCACCUGCUUCGUCUUCUGGUGCGAAUAUAGCAGCUGGUAACUUGGCCGGUGGAUCGGCAAAUCUGUCAAGCGAGGAUGAGGGUCCUUGCGUGAAGAAAUCAAAAAUAGAUCAACAAACGUCGGUAAAUAGCGCGGGCACGUCGUUUGUCGGUAGUGAUGUUUGCACCGAUACGGAUGGUAAACAGGACAACAAGCCGAAGAUCGAUUAUGUAGGAUUGAUGACCAGUAUGGCGGGCAUGAGACCCGAAAAUAGUUCACUUCUUCUGCAACAGCUGGGCCUGUUGUCCGGCGCCACCGGUACGCUCGCCAAGAAUUUGUUGAGCAUGUCACCGGCUUUAUCACACGGCAGCACCGUCGGUCUCGUCGAGAACGGUCUUCAGUAUACAAAGAACACUGGAAACGCGUGUAUUACGAACUUGAACAGUUUGAAUAGUAGUAACAAGAGGCAUAGUAUUUCGGCGAUCGCGCCAACACAAAUGGAUUCCGUGGUCGCAAAAUCGUGCAGCACACGAAAAAGUUUACCACCUGCAGCGGAAGCGCCAUCGACCCCGGUUCCCGCGUCCCCUAGAAAAACGAACGAGAACAACAGUAUUCAAAGAUCAACGAACAAGCCUAAAAAGGAGAGCAAUGUGAACAGCGGCAACAAAAAGGUGGACGAGGCGUUAUGGCUAUGGCUGACACAGCAGCAACAGUUGCUCGGUCAACAAUCGGCGAGUUUCAAUCCGAGCAUCAAUCAGCAGGAUGGUUCGUGGUUCUGGCAAUGGUACAAGCAGUGUAGCUUCCCACUGAUAACGCCGACGCCAUUAGCGCCUAGUCCGGUCGCUAAGAAAUCACCGAGCAAAGCAAGAGCCAUGCUUGACAACGUGCUUUGCAAUAAUAACAACGACAAUGUGAAACGGAGUUUAACCAUGGACGAGGAAUCCGCUACUGCAGCGGAAGAUAUCGAGUCAACUGACGUACCGAGUAGUACAGAAGAAGCGAUCGAGCACGGCGAGAAGUUUUUCAAAUGGUUAGAUAAAUGUUCUGAACCAGCAGUCACAAGGCUUCAAAUCAUACAAUUCAAAUAUCUAUUGGACAAUUUGAAAGCGUGUAGGAAGAAGUCGACUAGCUUGAAACAAAGUAGAAAGUAGGCGAGGAGAGAAGAGACAAGCUGUGAUGCUAAAUAUAUAUUCUUAGGAAAGAAGAGUGUAUUAGCCGCGACUCAUGAGGUGGAAAAAAAUAGGUAGAAUCGAACAGAGACAAACAAACAGACAAAUGAUGAAAUAAAGAUGGAGAGAAAAUAAAA